AUGGUUCCAGAAGAAAUUGGAAAAGAUCCGCACACAAUAGCUUUGCAGGUUGGUUCUCAACAAUCUACUGGGUGUGAAAUCUUCAUUCAAAGUGAAGAAUCAGGUGGAUAUGAUGCAUUCAACUAUGGUACCUUUAUCCAUGUGGGGAAGUAUUACUUGGAUUGUGAUAAAAAAGGAAUCUUCUUUGCCAGCGCUCUACAUUCCCCAUCAUGCAAAUCAACCCCAAUUGAAAACUUUGCUAGGCAGGAGAUAAGUGGCCGAAUGAGCAAGGCUUUGUCCUCAGUUUGGAGUUUGCGAAUUAGAAUUAUAAAGACAUCUGCCUCUUCAGUUCCAGCAAUUGGGGGCCUGGCAGUGUGGGGCUAUGUGGACCAUUCUUGUCCAGCUCCACUGGCUAGGAUUGUUCUACACAAGUGGUACAACUUGAACCAGUCAACAACUAUCCAGUUUUCUAACACGCUUACAGUGAUCGACGAGCGCAAAACUAGUCCUAACACCGAAACAGUUCAAAUUGCAAGUACCGCGCCUGAAGACGAUUUUGAAAUACCCGAAGAAUUUCUAGAUGGUUUGACAUGCGACAUAAUGGCCAUGCCAGUCCGGUUACCUUCCGGAAACGUCGUAGACGAGCGGACGCUGGAGCGUUUCGCCAAACAAGAGGCUUGUUGGGGUAGACCACCAAGCGACCCUUUCACGGCGCAACCUAUCACUGCCAGUCAUCGGCCUGUCUACGAUACAGCUCUUAAAGCUCGCAUUGAUUCUUUUCUAUUGAAAGAAUCUCACCGACCGUGCCUGAAAAACGUCCCUCGAACAACGGGUCCAAUUCAGACUAGAUCAUCGGACACGCUUCUUCGGCUCGGUGAUGAAUCGAAAGCCGCAGACAAACAACCCAGCACAUCUGCGCACCCGCUCGUUGCUGCACCUCCACCACCGACAGUCAUCGAUCCCUCGAGAAGAUGGCUUUCUAGCGUGGCUACGAGCUUACAACAUCUAACCGGAAGGCGUACUACCACCGUGCGAUCCAAAGCGCCGAGCAGCUCACCUGUUACGCGCCCUUCUGGCGUCUUACCAAAAAGCAACAUUUCGGCCUGUCUUUGCGGCUUUCAAGACGUUCGCCCCGUCUACUCUCUGCCAUGUAAACAUCAUAUCUGCAGGUCGUGUUUACUCAACAUGAAGGCCAAUGACGCUCUAUCCUGCCUCGAGUGUCAGUUACCCUUUGGCCUGCACGAACCCAUCUUACAACAUCACCAUCUAUAG